AUUGAUAAAUCUCGUCUUAUACCUAGAUCUACUUACUCAGAUUCUGGAUAGCCUAGAUACUAGAUCUAGAUCUAAUUAUAAUUAGGAAAUCAUCUAAAUUUAAAUCUAGUAGAUUUAGGCCCUAGACUCUAGAUCUGGUCUACAUUCGUUCUUUUUUUUAAAUCUCAAUCUAAUCCAGAUCGGUAAUUCAAGUAAUUGAUCUAAUAACGUCGCAUUAUUAUCAUUAUAACGGUAACGCUCGCCGCUUUAUACCAUGGCAAAAAGCAUUCGAAGCAAACAUAGAAGGAAAAUGAGAAAUGUGAAAAGGCAGUUUUAUGCAAAAAAAGAUCUUGAAAAAUUAAAAAAAGUAGUUUCUCAUUCUUCAGUUCUCGAUGAGUUAGUGACAACAAGAACUGUUAAAGACUUAAAAGUUGAACAAGACAGUAAUAAACAUGAAGGUACUACUAUGGAUGUUGAUAAGCCUGUUGUUUCCUAUAAUAAUAAAACCAAGCAAAAUGAACAUGGUCACUACCCUGACUGGAUGAAUCAAAGAGCUGUUAAAAAACACAAAGCAAAACUGGCAAGGUCUAAAAAAAAAGUUGGAAAAAAAAUUAAAUGGUGAUAAUAAA